GUGGAUUGCCACGAGCGUGGUUUGCUCCAUCUUCGCCGCCAUGGGAUCCAGCAAGUUGCCAAAACUGCAGCUACCAAAGGAUGAGGUUGCGCAGAGACGCAUUGCGGAGGCCUCGGAGCUGGCGCGGGCGGGAGAGCUGAAAGCUGGACAACAGCGCUUGAAGGAGGCAGUGUCUGAGGGCUUGUUCCCGGCACCGCUGCAAAGACAGGUCCUUGCAUGGUGGUCAGCGGGUGAGACUUGACGCAGGUGUCCGUCAAUGACGACGCUACAGCCUCCUUGACGACAUUCCUCAACCGCGAGUCCACUUUGGAAUCCCUUUUAGAUUUGAUGGAAAUAUUAAAAAGCAUUUUCACAGGAGUAUGUAUACCCUGUGAUUAUGAUCCGUCAUGGGAAGAUCACAUUAGUGACAUUAGUGAUAUUUUGAGAGGGCUUUCAGGCAUCCUUUGAAAGCUCCAAUGACAUCCAAUGACCGGGGUCUCGCAAAAAGGUGCACAGCACAGUCUUACUUGCAGGCUCAAAUCCUUGGAUAAUUGUGUCUUGUGUCUCUUGGCUGUUGCAACCCACUCCUUUCGCCGUUUCAUUUCCGUGUGCGAAGCGUCCAGGUUCGACCUGCUGGCUUCUAAGGAGGUGAGCGAAGCAAAGGUGGCAAAGGCCCCGGUGGACGACUUAGAGGCGCAGGUGGUACGUAUCAUGAAGGAGAGGGGCUGGUCGCGGAAGGAGGCCUGCCAAUUCAUCGAUGAGGGUGGCCUUGACAUGGAGGCCAUGCAGGCCGAGAUGAAUGCCCCGAUGGAUGAUGCCUUUCGGAAGCUGAAAGAGCAAGGGCCUCCUCAAUGGUUUGUGGAAGCCAUGACGAAUGCUCAAGAGAAGGCCAAGCAGUCACCAGGCACUGCUGACGGGACCGCUGUGGAGCAAUGAGCGCUGUUUGUCAGCUAUGCAUUGGAGGCCAGGAGAAGGCCGUAGGCUCUCGGGCUUGCUCAUUGGAGGCUUUGUUGGCAGCUCUCGAACUUGAGACUGAGACGCCUUCUCCUUUGAUGCCAGACGUAGCUUCAAGUGAUCUGAAUUUGAGUGGAAGGCCCACAUCUGCCGAGCAGUUUUGUAGCAAUUAGACUGUCUCUAGAAGUUUUAUGAAGUUUUCAUCAAUGUUAAAC